CAUUCGGGCCGCAGGAAGGGGCGGAGCGGCGCCAGCCGCGGCGAUGAGCGGCACCGAGGCCGCGCUGCGGGGGCACCACGCGGCGCUGCGGGAGGGGCUGGCGGAGCUCCGCGCCCGGCGGGAGGAGCUGAGCGGGCGGAUCCGGGCCGAGGAGGCGGAGCGGGACCGGCUGCAGGCGCGGAUUGCAGCGCUCUCCCGGCGCUUGUUCGACACCAGCGAGAGCCUUGUGGGGCUCCGGUCCACCCGAGCCCACAUCGACCGCACCAUCGCCGAGAUGGACUCGGCCUCCGGGCAGAUACUGGCCAAUUCUCAGACAUUGCUAGAUGUCCUGAAGGAGGAAAUGGGGGAUCUUGGUAGAGCCAUUGAGCCACAAAGCACUUCAUUAGGACAAAGAGUACGUCAACAAAAGCAUUGCUGAACUUGUUCUUCAGCCUGGAAAGUCCUGUUGGCCAGGGAGAGCUGCUGUUGUGGUACAAGGAUGCCACAUUUAAUAAAAGCCUUUGUCUCUCAGAAGUAAAUUUUCCUUUCAGACGUGCUUUGGUAUUAGUCAGAGAUCCACUAAAGCUGAUCCUCAAGUGCUACAAAUCAGGGUAAGCAUUUACAAAAAAAAACCCCUUCAUUCUGAGCACAGUGAUCCUGAAGCACAUCCCAGGAGGUGACUGACCAGCUGAUGCUCCUGCCCUCAGGACAGCACUCACCCUGCUCUGCCUGGAGGGAGCUCGAGUACCUGGGCAGGGAUUAGAGCACAAAGCUGGGAAGUGCAAAGGAGUGCUCAGUGAGGUGUGAAUCACAGCUCCAAGGUGGAGCAGGAUCACUGGGGGAACGGGCAGAGAGUCAGCAGCACACUCUGCACCCCUACACCCCCAAGCUGUCCUGCCCACAAGGCUGCAGGCACAGAAUUAACUCACAGGAGUACCAGAGCAGUGUUGGAGCUGCAGGACAGUGUUGGCUUUAGCAUUCUUCAUGGAUCCAUAGUAGAACUAAGCCAGGACUAGUUGAGACACCUUGUCCCUAACUUGAGUUGAAAGCAGCUUUGCUUUCCCACCUGCAGUUUUGCUAGAAACAGAGCUGCCUUAAACUGACCUGGGCUUUUCCACAGGGAAAGAUGCUCACUGGGACCUUUUCUGCUAGAAAAGCUGUGCUGAAAACUCACCCCUUAAAUCUAGCAGUCACCAGCAGUCUCACAUUUUCCCUCAUUCUACUCCAGUCUCAGCACCUUAUCGUGAAGUAUUGCAUUAAUGGAGAAGCCUUAACACAUGGAAUUCCGUGGUCCUUGUGCCAUGUCCCAGGCAGAUGCACUGCAGACACAUCCUGCUCUUGGCAAGUCACACAGGCAGCAGAUCUCAAAUUAGCUUGGAAUGGUCAAGGAAGUGCCAAGUGUUUCUUUGUGGCCCCCCAGCCAACAUCUAACAAACUACUGAGUAGCUCAUCUUUUUUCUUUGUGUGUUUUUUUCCAUUAUUUUUCCAAAAGUAUUUAGGCACCCAGGGCAGGAGGGAACAGCUACAAGUAGGUAAUGUCCUAACAUUUAAUCCUGUGUUUUUCAGCAGAACGACCUUCCCCUGCUGCUACAACACGCACCAAACCAAGUGAAAGGUAUGCAGAGCAUUUUCAGUUCACAGACCAAUGUCACUUGAGCAGACAUUCAGCAUCUAUAUGUAAUAGACAAACCAAAAACCAUCAAAUUUAAUCAAAGAUACCAGCCUGUUUCUUUGGAUCACGCCCCACACCAGGCUACCACUCACUCCAUAAAGCCCAAAGAGGCUGGAUCUGUUCCCACCACAUCUCUUUUAAUCCCAAAGUACAAAUCACAUUAGCAGCACUGCUCCAUCUGUUCCAGAGUGCAAUUUUGACCCUGAGUUUACAGUAGUAGAAAACUUGAAUGGAAGAUUCUAGCAGAUUCCUUUGCAUAUUGGCUGCAUUAAACAAUUACAAUAGAACUAUAAAAAUCCUAGAAAAAACAAAA